CAUUCAUCAUUGACUUCAUUAUCGGUUGUACGUCCAACCACCUCGGUGAGCUUAUUUUGUGGACGCAGAGAAAUACUAUUAUAGUAUUAUUUCCACUUUAACCACUUUUAUCGGAUGGAAGUUGUGCAGCUUAUCUUAUUGGAGCCCUGAUAACGAGUUUCGAAUAAUAACAAAAAAUAUUAUCAAAAAUCGACAUGAAGAAAUUUGUACAGAGUUUCGGACCAAACAGGAAAUUCACAUGCUUUUCCACAAGAUGCCAACUAAUUCAGUAGAAGUCAUGGAAAUUACCAUUUAUCUCAAAAAUGUUUAAAAUCGUGAAUCAAGGACGCUCAUCGUUCAUCGAACCACUCGCCUCAGCACUUUCAAUUUUCCGACGCUAAACAACAAGACCAGUUCAACUAGUUAUAUUCAUAUUAUCAUUAUGAUAUUUAUUGAUGAUAUGUAGAUGUUGAUAUAACAAUAAUAAUUAACGCACUUGCCACACGUGCCUGGGAUGAAGUCUGUUCAAUUGAUUUUUUCCUUAAUUGCAAUUUUUAUCACGUGCUCAUUCGUGUGCUCCGUCGAUGCCGCAAAAGAAACAUGGAUUGUGCAAAUUCUAUGUUGAUGGUUCGAGUGACACUACAACCAGUGACAUGACAUCUGCAAUGUUAUCUGGUAGUGGAGCAGCUGCUGAAACAGAAAUGUCAAGUGACAACUCUACGAGUACUGGCGGAGCUGGUGGUGGUGGAAGUGGAGAAGCGAGCAGUAAAACGUUCACCACUACUAAAAAGAAGCAGAACAUGAAAUGUUAUGAGUAUGAAGAUGGAACCAAAGACGAUGGAGCUGUACUCAAGCCAGGGGUCACUUAUACCGCGACUGCCACUGCUACCUGAAACUUCACAGCGUUAAUCUAAAAUUACUCUAUUUAAGUUUUUCGUAUCAUUUGAUUCUAUUUUAAUAUUUAUUAAACGUGCAUUUAAAGAAAAUAUUAUAUAAUUUUUAAAA